CACAAGAAAGAUUUUUUUUCAUCUCAUAUAAACAAAGGAAGAUAAUUCAACUACAAGAACCUGUGGAUGUGACAUCAGUGAUCUAUCUGCCCUUGUUUGUGAGUUAAAAUUAAAACAUGGAUCCUGGAGCGAAAGAAGACAAAACAAUGCAAGUGAGGAAAAGAAAACUUAUCAUUUUUCUCUACUUGCUGCAUUUCAGCACUUUUGUUGCCCCAGUCACAGGAUUUUCACUGAAGGCUUGCAGAAUGACUUCUAAUACUGUCAUAUGUGCCAAGAGUCAACUCAAAGCUGUUCCUCGAGAUAUUCCCUCAACAGUGAAAGUAGCUGACUUGUCUGAAAACAAAAUCUCAAGAAUUCAAGUAGCAGAUUUCAAAAAUCUACCUCUUCUGACACAGUUAGAGCUAAAUCGCAACCACAUUUCACAGAUAGACAACGGUGCCUUUGCCAAUCUGAUUUGUCUUGAGAAGUUAAAUCUAAACAAUAAUAAACUUGUCGAACUUGGAGAGGAUGUUUUUCAUGGUUUGAGCAACCUCACCGAGCUUCGACUCAGCAGUAAUCGCAUCCAAACUGUGGCAUCCAGCUCUUUUAGGUCCAUGACAAGCUUAAAGUUUUUGGACAUUUCUCAUAACAAACUUUACGAAAUAGCAAAGGUUCAUUCAAUAUUGCAGCACCUGCCACACCUGCGAGAGCUGUACAUUAAAAACAACAAUAUAAACACUUUUCAUUCAUGGGAACUGACAAACAGCUCACUAGAACUUGGGUAUCUUGAUUUGUCUCAGAAUCCAAUUGCAGUCUUUCAAAUCACUGCAGACAUUUUUCCACAUCUCAUCUGGUUCAACAUCGGCGGCUCUCGCACAAAGCAGCAGAUGAUGUGGGAUGUGCGUAACAAGACUUUCCUUAAUCAAGUUUCUACUCUUGAUAUUAGUGGGCUGCAAAUGGCUUUGGGUGACAUGAAAACAUUACUAGAGACUGCAAACUCCUCACUUAGGACGCUGAGGAUGAAUGCAAUGAAACACAGCCUCACAGCGCUAAUCAACAUUUCCUGCACCAUCCCAACAAUGUCCAACUUACAGCUCCGCUAUUACAAGCUCAGAUCGGUCAGUUCAACUAUGUUUACAUUGUGUAUUUAUGUAACAGAGCUAGAUUUAACACAGAAUCACAUACAAAUCAUCCACGUCAAUGCCUUCAGAUCUCUUCCGGGUCUGAGAAUCUUAAAUCUGAGUCAGAACAAGCUUUCAUCUGUUCCAGUUGCAAUAAGGAACCUUCCAACUCUUAGAGAGUUGAAUCUCAGCGCUAAUAACAUCAGUAGACUUGGAUGUGAUGACUUUGCCAAUCAAACCAUGCUCAGACAGCUUAGCCUUUAUAACAACAUGAUCUCAGCUCUAAAUGAGUGUGUUUUCAAGGAUCUAAUACGAUUACAAGUUUUAAAGCUACAAACCAAUCACAUUAACAAAUUAAAUGGUGCUUUCCAAAGACAUUUACCGAAUCUUAGACAACUGUAUUUGAAUGUAAAUCAACUGACUAAUAUUAAAUAUGGAGAGUUUAAGGGUUUACACUCCCUCCAAAACCUGUCAUUACAUGACAACCAAAUAGAAACACUUGAAAAAGGGUGUUUUAUUGGACUGACGAAUCUUACCGAUAUGUUACUACAGAAGAAUCGUAUUACAGAAAAAGCAUUAAACAAAGGUACCUUCAAUGAUCUGAUCAAUUUAAGAAGACUAGAUUUAAGGGAAAAUCGCAUUCAAUAUGGAAACAGUUCAGCUUUGCCUAAUCCACCAUUUUCUCAGCUAUCAUGUCUGGAGACUUUGGCUAUUCCUUCACAACAUCGCAGAAUGAAGUCUCACUUGCCUCGCAACCUCCUGCAAGGCUUGACAAAUCUGAUAGAGUUCAGUGCCAGGGACAUUCAACUUAUAUUCUUGCACAAAGACAUGUUGAUUUACACUCCUCAGCUGCAAACACUUGACAUUAGCUCAAAUGACCUUGUGGAUCUCUCUUCAGAUUUGUUCUCCCCAGUUCGAGACUGCAAACUCCUCACUUAG